AUGGAUUUCUAUUACCAAUACCUUCAUAUAGGGGGUAAUUAUUUUAUUACAUUUGUUUUCUUUUUAAACCGUUUCGGCACUUGCGUACUGAGAAGUAACAAGAAAAUCAACAAGGAAGAUUGGCUGUCACUUAACAUGGGCAAAUUAGCAGCAACACUCCUAAUACCGUUGCUUUUAGCAUGUACAAUGAAAGCACAACUGUUUAAUCCUGGAAAUACCUUCGCCAACUGUGUUCCACCAAAUCCUACUGCUUUUUGUAAAGCGUUUCUGCCAUUUCGAUCUGUUGACGGAAGCUGUAACAACCUUGCGAAACCACCACAAGGAGCAAAAGAUACAGCACUGGCCCGACUUUUACCGGCUGACUAUGUCGAUAGUAAUAAUCUUGAUACUCCUCGUGGCUUUCCUGGAACAUUACCGCGCGUUCCUACAGCUCAUGAAGUUUCACGGGCAGUCUUCCGCGUUCAAACUAGAAACAGACAAAGAUCAUCGUUGUCAACAAUGUUUAUGGCAUUUGGACAAUUCCUCGAUCAUGACUUUGCAUACACAAGUCAUCCUCCGUGCGAUGUGUCUGCAGGUUGUACUAGAUGUGGUUCAAUAACUGCCUUCACGUAUCCAUGUUUCCCACUGAUAAUCAGGUCAGGUGGAUCACGUUGUACAUCUCUGGCAAGGUCAGUUCCUGUCUGUCAACCCAAAUUUCAACCACGAACCACAAGAGAACAGUUGAACAUAAUAUCAUCUUUCGUUGAUUUGUCUCAAGUCUACAGCAACGAUAUAAUUGUUCACAAACAGUUGAGAACAUUAGAUGGCAAUGGAUUGCUAAAGGUCACUUCGUCAAAUUUGCUACCGAUUAGAUUGCCACCGUCAGAUCCAGAAUGUAGAAAUCCAGGCGGAUGUUCAUUGGUUGGUGAUGACAGAGGAGACGAAAAUAUUGUGUUAAACACGUUACAUACGAUAUUUGUGCGAUAUCACAACUACAUAGCUAAAAAACUAAAAGUUUUGACAAGAUCUACCAGUGAAAAGUUUCUUUUCGAGACAGCAAGGAAAAUCAAUAUUGCCAUAUAUCAACGCAUUGUUUACAACGAGUUUCUUCCACCUAUUGUUGAUUUAGCUCCAUACAAAGGUUACGAUACAUCAGUGGAUGCUUCCAUAACUAAUGUCUUUUCAACAGCAGCCUUUAGAUUCGGUCACAGUUUGGUUCCAAAUGCCUGGGCGCAACUAAACAACAACUUUGACACGGCUUUCAACGAUAUCUCUCUUCAAGCUUCAUUUGAAAACACUCUUCCAAUUCGUAAUCGGGGUAUAGAACCAACAGCAUUUGGUUUAUUGGCAAACCGAUCGCAAGUAGUUGAUACCACGUUUGCGUUUGGAAUAGCCCGAAGGUUACUUGUUCCUUUAGGAGAGAGAAGACUUGAAGAUUUGACAGCUUUGAAUAUUCAACGAGGACGAGAUCAUGGUUUGAAAACAUAUGGAGCUUGGAGACGAAGAUGUAGAUUACCAGCCAUCAAUACGUUUGAAGAUCUGGUGGGAAUAAUGUCUAAUUCAACGAUUAGGAAUUUCGAGACAGUGUACAACAACCCGAAUGACAUUGACAUAUUUGCAGCUGGUAUUGCAGAACGACGCACCAACGGAAAAAUGCUUGGACCAACCUUCCAAUGUAUCCAAAAAAUCCAAUUUGAGCGCUUCAGAGACGGAGAUCGAUUUUGGUAUGAAAACCCUGGUGUCUUCACUCCGGACCAGCUUAUUGAAAUAAACAAAAUGACAUUGUCGAAGGUUUUAUGCAACACAUUAAAAGGUAUCGUUUCCAUCCAAAGAAAUGCUUUAAGAGCUGUUUUUCCCAACACAGUACGAAGAGGGUGUGGGAACAUCCCAGAUAUUGAUUUGAAAAAAUGGAUCAGUUAGUUUCAUGGAUAUUCUGACCUGAUAUUCAUUCUCUAUUUUUGAAUAACAGACCAUAUUUUCUUCUCAAUUUUAAAAAAGUAUUCUCUAUGUAAUACAUGAAAAUGGUAAAUCUCUUUUUCUUUUGUCUUAAGAAAUCCGAAAAUUUUAGUUCCUACAUUCUAUGUCUACCAUAUACUGUUACCUAAAAACUAGGAAUAUUUCGGCGCUUUGUUUCACUUAGUGACCU